UACCUGUCUGUACUCCUGAAGGUGGGUUGACACCUGUACGGUCAGCACCUUGCGCAGUUUUGUUUCCAGGAACAGCCCCCAGCUGUGCGAGGUUUUAUGUCUGCUAUGGACUGAGAGUGGACAACAGCCUUGUGUGUGUCUGUGAGGACAAAGAGUACCGAAGUUGCUGCGGAAUAUAAAACUUUCUGUGCGCCCUCAGAUUCUCUCCCAGAGAGGCUUCAAGUGAGAUUUACACAAGCAAGACUGGAUAGUGACACAUAGGUCCAGCACUAACGCACGUCUUCAUGCAAUGUCGAAGAGUGGCACAUGGCCAGGCAACGUUGCCAUGGAGUCAUUGAGUAACAUGGACAGUGCAGGGAGCUAUGACAGUGUAAUCAGCACAAACUCUGCCUGGGUGAGUGGCGUUAGCGAGGAUAGUAUGGAGUACCUAUCUGCUGAAGAGAAGGCAUGUCUGAUGUUUCUGGAGGAAACAAUCGAAGCACUGGAAGUGCAGGAAGACAGUGGCUUAUCAAAUGACGAGCCAGACAUGUGGUCAAAGACGGAGCCACAAGAUCAGAUAAGAAGUAAUGAUGUUCCCACUGAAAUGCUCAAAUCAGGAAGUCUCAGGAUAUCCACCCUAAGUCCCCACACAACAGCAGAUUCUCCAUCUGCUGGAUUAACCACAGAGUGUGGAACUGAGCAUCACGCUGCAAAUCAAAACUCCAACCCACAAUCUGCUUCCACGUCUGCAGUUGGCAUGAAAGAUGUUAAAACAGAGGACCUGGGAGUUGAAACUGAUCCUUUGGUGUCUAACUCUGGCUACACAACCUCAUCAUCAGAUAAAACAGUUGACGUUUCAAAGUUGGAUGGAGAUCUUGUGCUUGAGAAUGUCACAAAUUCUGGAGAUGCCUCAGAGAAUGAUCUGGAUAUAAUCCCUCCACCAACAGACUUCAGAGAUGAACCAGAACCGGACUUGUUACCAGAAGCCAUGACGGUGGUCCCGCCACCAGCAGCCAUGACCAUGGAGGCCAUGACCGUGGUCCCACCACCGGAGACCAUGACAGUGGUCCCACCACCGGAGACCAUGACAGUGGUCCCAGUACCGGAGACCAUGACCGUGGAGGCCAUGACUGUGGUCCCGCCACCAGAGACCAUAACUGUGGAGGCCAUGACCAUGAUCCCGCCACUGGAGACCAUGACCGUGGUCCCGCCACCAGCAGCCAUGACCGUGGAGGCCACGUCUGUGGUCCUGCCACCGGAGGCCACAGCCCCAGCCCCACCAUCAAACGGCUUCACAAAGCAAAAACAAACUGUUGAUGUGGAGCAGAUGCGCAUGAGAGCCUCUGUGAAGAGAUCUGUUGUAGACUCUUCUGCUGCUGAGGAUUCUUCUAGCAAAGCCUCAGAAGUUGCUUCACUUUUACCUCAAAUGAAUCCCCCUACUGAGCCUUCAGAGCCCAGAAACCCACCUGCUGUGGCCCCAAAACCUAAGAAGCUACCUUCAAGCAUUAUUUUAAAGUCACCAAAGACACCAACACUUGUCUCUCAUGGAAACCCAGGGCAUUCGGUACCCUCCCACAGUGACAGGAUGUUGUUGGACCCUCAGAAGGUUCACAUGGAGGCCCUCAAAAAGCUUGGACUGCUUAAAGACAACAAGGAGGAAGCAAGUCGUGCUGUAAGCCCUAAGAUUUCUCUGAAAUCUGCUUCAUACAAAUGGUCACCAGCGAGCUCCUCUCCUCCAGUCAGUCCUGCUGCUCUUCUCACACCCCCUGUAACACCAUCUCUUACCCCAUUCAUUAGUCCCCUACAAGCCAUUGUACCCCAACAGUCUGUGCAGGCUCCUAUUGUGCCACCAUCAGCUUCUUCAGCAUCUCCUCCCAUUGAGGAUGCUGAUAUCCUCCCAGCACCUGCAGCUUUCAGCGAUGGAUUUGGGCCUUCAGGUGAUGAACUUCCUGCUGUCACAGAGGCCCCUUUCAGUACCCUGCCUAACACAUCGCCACCGAAGGUGAUCAGUAUGAAAUCGGCAACCUUGGAGAGAUCUGGUUUGGGUCUGAGCAGCCAAAUGUUCAAUCGGAGCUUAUUGGAGAUAACCGAUGGCGAGCAAGAUCCAAAGCACCUGCGCAACACUCGACCAAGACCUGCCUCUCUGGGGACUAGGAAAGACUUUUCUCACACUAAAGGUGAGGGUUUGGUGGCAAGCGGAACGUCAGAAUCCCAGAAGCCCCAACCUACACAGGCAUUCCACCGCAGAGAGUCUUCUAAACUGCCUCGAUCUCAAGGCAUCAGCGUGAUGAUCUGCCCCCGCGCAGAGAAUGAAGAGGACCGGCGCCAGGCCCUGAAGAAGCUGGGACUGCUCAGAGACUAACUUCCAAAUGUACCUUUAUAUAUUGUAAAAGGACUGAUGCAGACUGUAUCUGGGUUUAAAAUGCUGAAGGAGUGCCUUAACCACAUUCUUAUGCGUCUGUUUUCCAGUGAAUACCAUGUGGUUGACUGUAUCUGUGUUUCCUUUGACCAUCGAAAUGUCAAAAUUAGUGUAUUUCACAAAACUGCAAUGAAAAUUUUUUUUGCAUCACACAAGUCAUGUGAUCAACAACUGAAUGUUACUACUUGUAGAAAAGAUUAAAACAGAAAGUUGUAGGAGGAU